UACACGACAGGCACUGGCGGAGUGCAACUUUCAGCCUGCUCCGUGUUUUCGCCGUUCUCUGCCUUUGUUUUGGCGUUCAGCUAAUUUCACGUCUUCACUACCUACCGAACUGGUAGUCAAAUACUUCGUUUCACAAAGUUAUUUCUCUGCGCCUCGCUAGCCAGUUUUUCCUUCGUAAAUUUGGGCUUUCUGUUCCCGGGUGAUGUAUUUCGGUUUAGAUUGAGUGUGCUUUGUGGCAUUUGUGGUCGUAGGAGUAGGGUUUGUGAGCUCUCGGGCGUUAGUGCUUGGAGUUUUGGCGCGAGUGAUGAGGAGUGAGGGUAGAAGUUGAACGAAAAACAAAAAAACAAAAAAAACAAAAAAAAACAGGAAAUUCUGGUGUUGGAAAUUGAGAACCAUGCAGCAAAUGGCGGCGUAUACGGGGACGUCUAUUACCACGGAGCUAAUCCAGAAGUAUCUGGACGAGAACAAGCAGCUUAUCCUCGCGAUUCUUGACAAUCAAAACCUUGGAAAGCUGAACGAAUGCGCUAUGUAUCAAGCAAAGUUGCAGCAGAAUCUUAUGUACCUCGCAGCCAUUGCGGAUGCACAACCUCAAGUGAGCCAAAACUCAACUCAGGUCUCAUCAGGACAAUCUAUGCAGCCCUCUCAGCAAUAUAUUCAACAGCAGCAGCAGCAGCAGAUGAUGAUGAUGAAUCAGCGAAACUCAAUCCCACAAUACAUGCAACAAAGCCAACAGGGGUCACCAAACGCACCAUCACCGCAGCAGCAGUCCUACCACAGCCAGCAGCCGCAAGGUAUGGUUCCCCAGAGAAACUCAGACAUGCACUUGGUGAAAAACUCUACAGGAGGCAACGGUAAUCAGACAGGAGGUAGUGUAUCCGAGUAUGGAAAGCCUGAGGAAUCCCGGGAGGGGACCCCAACAAGCUUAAGCACAAGAAACGAUGGUCCACAGGCGGGGGCUUCUCCGUUGGGACAAGCGAGAGAAGGCAAUGGAGCUGCUGGAGAGGACUCUGAGGCUUCUUACUUGAAAAGCUCCGACUAAGCAUUGCAACCAGUUUAUUGCUUUACCAGGACGUUUUUCUCGCAUACCCUUUUAAAAAUCUCGGUAGCAGUAUUACUCAAACAUUUGAAGUCAGAUUGAUAUGGUUUUGGGAUGCGGUACCAUCUGCUUAUGCACGAACAUUUCAGGUUUGAGCUCUGAUACAAGUGACCCUUCCAAAAUUCUGUGCAAAAAACUCCACAUUUUGAAGCUUAUUUUUUGUAGAACACAGAUACAUUUUGUAGUCUUUUAUUUUUAUUUUUAUUGCUAUUGUUAUGGGUAGAUAUGUAAUUGGUGGUGUUUUCAAACUUGAUUAUGAAUCUUUUCAAUGUUCGUUGUUGUCAUGUAUCAAUCAAUGUAUUGCAAAUAUUUGAUAUUCUUUAA